GGAUUUCGUUCAAAAGGGUCAGGAUCAGCCGGACGGAUGAUGUCAUUACUAUGUCUCUGAAUUCUUUGUCUACAUACCUUUCCAUUUGUAUUUUCACAUGUGUAGUAUACAUACAUGUUAGAGGCAUAUAUUCGUACGGUUCCCAAGGGGUGUUAAUAGCAAAUACUGUUGAUGGUUCGUUCAUCGGCUUAGAUAUAAGAAGUGGAAAGUUGUUUUGGAAGAUAGAUGGCCCUCCUCUUGUUUCCCAGAGCUUGAGUGAUCUCCAGCUCAUAACAAAAACGAAAUCAUAUAGUAUUGUUCCUUCUCUUGAUGGCCAACUUUUUUUGAUGGAGAAAGAGCUGACAAAUGGCUCAGAUCUAUUAGGUGGUGCAUCACUUAAAGCAUUACCACUGAGCAUCGACUCUUUAUUCUCUUCAAAUUUUAUGCUCACAGAAGAUUCACUACUAACUGGAGGACGAGAACAUUCAACAUUCGCUUUCAAUCCUAACAGUGGCAAAGUUAGUCUGUUACAUUUGGUGGCAAAUCGCAUUGCUUGUUAUUUGAUUUAAUAGUUCACAAAGUUUACUUAAUCUAGAAAGAAUAUCUUUUAGCUGACUGAGGUCUUUAACUCAAGGUUAUCAAAAAUUGAAAUUUUAUGCCUAAAAAGUUUGUUAAAGUUUACGUGGACGUGUUUAUGGAAUUCUGAAUCAACUUUGGGGACCCCAUUAUUAGACCGAGACGGAUAGUUAUUUUGUCCGUACUACUUAUAACUAACACCAGCUGUGCUUGGUGACAUUUAGGGCUCGGACCCAUCUAACAGGUGUCUAAAUGUUAGUGUGUGGUUUCAAAUAUUUCAAAACAUGUUUUAUGGGUGAAUGCAUUAUAUUUAAAAGUUGACCUGACAUUGGACUAGUGGACGGGCUGAUUUCUUAACACACUUAAUAUUACUUUAUUUUGUGGCCAAAACUUUUAAUUUAAAGGCUAAUGGUGAUUCCUUAACGAUGUCACAUACUUCUGUCUUCGCACCUGAGCAGCAUUUCAUUUUUCACAUCAACCAUAAAAGCAAAAUAACGAAUAAACAUUAGCUAUGAAUUGAAAUGUUCUGAGUCACUUAAGUGCAAAACAUGUAAACUCAAAUAGUAACAAGUAAUUUCCUGUCAUAUGAUCACCUGCCUUUGUAUUCGAAUUUAUCAUAAAGAUACCAAUGUGAGUCAAUUUGUUCACUCCCAACUUUGGUGGAAUUGACGUUUCACCUGGAAAUCCUGGGAUACGCAUGAAAUAAUCUAAUAUUCUUCCUAAAUGAGAAUAUUCGACCACUUUGUUUGUGUUAAUUCUCGAAGAAAGUAACUCCUCUAAAACGCCCACUGGCUGAGCUAAUUCCGCUCAGUGAUAAAAAUUCGAUUCUCACUCUGAUUAUAUUAGGUCAGUAAUUUUCAGUUUUCUCUCUUACCUGAGACUGGGUUCAAACGAUGGUAGAACUGUUGCCCUCAGAAUUUAAGGGUGCACUUUAGAAAAAUUUGCUCUCAAAUCCCUUUCAUAUAGUUGCUCGCUUAUCGUCUCUCCCAGAAAAGCCUUCCUGCUUGCACAUAGCAAAGUUUCCGUAUGAAAUUGAGGGUGAAAGUACACCUGGGGUCUUGAUUACUAAUAUAGAACACCACUAAUAACAAUUGGAAAACACUGAUUUCGAGCUACUCCAGUGUGUUCGUCCCAUAAUUCUAACUUACUUAGGCCUGUUACCUAUCGUGGAGAAGCAUAGACUGUCCACCAGUACUCUAUAGAACUCUAUCCUGGACGAUUCUUUCCAGUCGUUUCCAGCUACUGUUCAUCCUCCUUACGUCUGCUUCCAAUUCCCGAUACACUGUGUUCUUUGGGCUUCCUGUUUUCCGUUUCCCUUCAGGAUUCCAAGUCAGCGCUUGCCUAAUGAUGCAGUUUGAUGGUUUCCGAAAUGUAUGACCUAUCCACUUCUAACCUCUUUUUCGAAUCUCUUCUUGAUCUGGAAGCUGGUUUGUUGUCCCACAGUAGGCUGUUGCUGAUGGCAUCCGGCCAACGCACACUGAGUAUCCUGCGUAGACAAUUGUUUAUAAAUACUUGUACUGUUUUGAUGAUGAUUGUGGUAGUUCUCGAAGUUUCAAAUCCGUACAGUAGAACUGUCUUGACGUUCGUACUGAAGAUUGUGAAUUUGAUAUUGGAUGGCAGUUGUUCUGAGUCACAUAUGUUCUUCAGGUGUAUGAGUGCUACCCUUGCUUUGCCAAUCCUUACCCGUACGUCUGCAUCAACCCCUCCUUGUUCAUCAAUGAUGUUUCCCAGGCACAUGAAAGAUUCCACCUCUUCCAGAGUUUCUUCAUCAAGUGUGAUUGGAUUGGUAUUCUCCGUGUUGUAUUUGAGGAUCUUGCUUUUCCCCAUUGUGUAUGUUGAUACCUACUGAUGCAGAGGCUUCUGCUACCCUAGUUGUCUUUACCUGUAUUUGUUCGUGUGUAUGGAAGAGAAGGGCCAGGUCAUCUACGGAGUCCAAAUCGUAUAGUUGUAUUCAAGCUGUUCAUUGUUUUCCAUGCUCCCCGUCAGAUAUGAAGGUUUUCAUAAUUCAGUCAACCACCAGAAUAAAGGGAAAGGGGGAGAGUAUGCAGCCUCGUCUUACCACCUAAACCUGCUAUUAUUAAUGGAGUUAUUCUAUUCUGACAAUUCUAAAUAUGAAAAAUGUGGCCCACAAAUUUGAAACAAAUCAAGCGCUUAAUGCUGUUUUCAAAGAGGUAAAUUAAAAUUUAUUAUGGUUUUCAGUGUCUUGAUUUAUCAGCGCCUGUAUUUUAAAUAUGGGCCACUGUCAAUUCUAAAUCGUUUAGUUAUAUUCUCUUCGAUUUUUGAACUGAGACUUAUCAAUAAUAUUUGCGAAACUAAGGUUAGUAGUAUUAAGACAAAAGCAAUACAUCUGCCAUGAAAAGAUUACGUAUCAAGUCGAACUUUAUCAACUUAUUUUAGGCAUAGUCUCGAUUUUUAUAGUUUUUUUCCUCUUUUGAUUAUCCAUAGUGUGUUAGUAAACAAAAAGCAGAGUCCCGGUUUUUUGUUAAAUAUUCAGAGAAUUUUUUCUCAUUCAUUUUCUCUUCCCUUUAUGAUUUUUUUUGUGUUAUGACUCGUAUUCUUAAUUCGUUUUCAUUUUUCGUCCAAUUAAUUCCAGUAAAUGUCCCAUCUUUGCUUGUUUUACAGAUCAGAUAUAAUUGUACCCGUGAUGGGUGUACUAGUUCUGAUGUUGAUAAAAAGUUGGUUGAAGAACCUCCAAAUACAAACGAUCCUACCAUUAUAGUGUACAGAGUAAAUAACGUAGUCCGCGCUGUAAGUGCUCCAUCGGGGGUUGAAAAGUGGAAUUUGAGCGUUCAUCAAUACGAGCUUUGCCUGUUAACUGGUGGAAUUCCUACCCCAACUACUGCUGUGCAGAAAACUUCACCUAUUUGUAACUUACCUUUGGGUACUCCACAUGCUCACAAAAAGUUUGUGGAUGAGUCAUUUAUUGAUAUGGAAGAACCGGAUUGGGAUAUUGGACUAGACAAACAUACAAUAACUGCAAGAACGAAAGGUUUACAGUCUGAAGAAAUAUGGUCCUACAACUUUAAAUCAAGGAUUUCAAAGGCUUGGAUUUAUCGUAGGGACCUACAAAACUUAAGACCAUUGUCAUUGUUUAUGUAUGACAGAGUUGCCUUACUAUUAAUUGAAAAGGUGAAUGAAUUGGAAAAAACAACUGCCAUUUCAAAUUUUGGAUCAUUAAAAGGAAAGGGUUUGAAUCUGUUCAAUGGGAAAUAUACUCUUUCCUCAUCACGUAAACAAAAACCUAAAUGUCCAUCACGCGAUCGUCUUAUUUAUCUUGGUAGCUUAAAUGGUCAGCUAUAUGUUCAAACUGAAGAUGGUGUUGAUCUUCCCAAUCCGGAAAGGAUAAAUCUGUCUAAAAGUUUAUCUAUACAUUCGGCUGAAUCACUGAAUAAUCGUCGUUCUGAUUUAACUGGCUACUAUCAAGCAUCCUAUUCAAAAUCGCCCAAAUUGGAAAAAUAUACACAACCAUUUGUUUUAUAUGAUAGUGUUGAGGAAACAAUUGAAAAAGCUACCGCUUUAGGAUUUCCAAGUAAUGUGGGACAAUUCAAGCCUAUACAUGAUUUUCAACCGGAAACGAUACCUGAAAAGGUUUUAACUUCGACUGAUAUUCAAAUGAGUGACACUAGUGGUAUACCAGGACAAUUUCUUGACAAUGCAAACGAUUUACUUAUGCUCCUAUUACGUGCCAGUGAGAUUGCUGUAAAUCAUUCACCGUCUGGUAUUGAAAAUAGUAGGUCGUUAGGAUUUAAUCUGUCUACACAUUUCAUGCAAUUGGUAGUUUUGACUGGAGUAAUUUAUUUUACGGCACAUUGGAUAAUGAAUGCGAGGAUUAACUAUGAUACACAGUUGAAAAACUAUUCGUUUCAGUCUGAGCCAUGUAAUUUGGAAUCAGUUGUUGUCAAAACACAUAGUUCAUCGGGAGACUUGUGUGAUUCACCAAAAUGUCCAUCAUGUUCAACUCCGAAUAACUUAACAACAAAUCCUUCAUGUCAGUCUCUGCUUAAUACUGCCAAUAUGCAACCACCUAGUUUUGUUUCAUCAUUUGAAACAGAUUUCAAGUAUAUACGUCGACUUGGACGUGGUGGUUUCGGUCAAGUGUUUGAAGUUGAAAAUCGUCUUGAUGGUUGUCGUUAUGCUAUCAAACGUAUUAAAAUGAACGAUACCGACGAUGAUAAAAAUAUAUUUUUACGAGAAGUAAAAGCUUUAGCUACACUUGACCAUCCAGGCAUUGUCCGCUACCAUCGGGCUUGGAAGGAAUAUCCUCCUGCUGGUUGGCAAGAGUCACAUGAUGAAUUAGUACUCGGUUUAUCUGACGACUUAACUUCGAGAAGCGGCGACUGUACAGAUUGUGGGAACAAUGAGAAUUGUUUAUCAAAUACUCUCUUUUCGUCAAAUAUCGAUUCGCGCCAUUCAAGUGUAUCGCUUUGCGUAGAUAAAAGCUCAAUAGGAUUGAAUGAGUAUCAUCACUCCAGCUAUCGAAAGCUUUCAAAAGCUUGUUUGGAUGACAGUCUUAUCGUUUUUGAUCAUCAAAUCAGUACUGAAACAUUUUCAUUAGAUGGUUCAAGCCUUGUAGAACAAUCCAUCAAAGAUAAAUCUAAAAAUGAAACUAAAUAUACAUGCUACUUGUACAUUCAAAUGCAAUUAUGUUCUCCAAUAAGUUUACGUGAUUGGCUUGUUUCUCAUAGUAUUCCAGAAUCACGUCCACCACGAGUUGAAUUGAUUUGUAUGUUUCGUCAAAUUGUUGAAGCUGUAGCUUAUUUACAUGAUCAUUCUUUAAUGCAUCGUGAUUUGAAACCUUCAAAUAUCCUGUUUGAUUUAACCAAUCGUCUUAAACUUGCAGAUUUUGGUUUAGUUACUUCUAUGGUCGAUGAUAAAUUAAAUCAAUCAGACAGCUCUUGUAUUAAUUGCAAUAAACAAGGGGAGCAGCCCUCAUGUUCUUCAGUGACUACUGUUGUAAAUGAUUUGAAUGGUGAAUCAGAGCAUAAUAAUAACAAUGCCAUUAUCGAUCGACAACUAUAUCCUUUGAAAGAAAUUAGCACUGCUCAACAAAAGCGUUCUGUAUUGACACGUAGACAUACUGAUCACGUGGGAACAGAUCUAUACAUGAGUCCUGAGCAAGAACGAGGGGAUAAUUAUAAUCAUAAAGUGGAUAUCUUUUCAUUGGGAUUGAUCUUUAUCGAAUUGUUGAUAAUAUUUAAUACAUCAAUGGAAAGAAUAUUUACAUUGACCCGAGCAAAACAUCAAAAACUUCCUAGGGAAUUUACAAUCUGUAAUCCAUUCGAAACUGAGUUCGUUCUCAAACUUUUGGAUUACGAUCCAGUCAAACGUCCUGACGCUCCUGCAAUCUUAGAAAGUGCACUUAUUAGACAAUCUGUUUCAUAGCAGCAAUGAUGGGGUAUUCAUUUUUUUCAGUACUCAAAGUACAAAGUUAUCAGAUUUUUGUUGUUACAUCUUAAUAUAUUUGUUUAUAUUUUAAUUUGAUAACCUCUCCUGUGAUCUGUAAAAUAAAUGUGUUUUUUAUACAAUUGGUUAUCUUGUAUAGAUGCUGUUGUUUUUCCGUAAAACAAGGUUUUCUUUCAUU